GAAUAAUAUAGUAUUAUUACAUACAUACAUAAUUAACCUAGUAUAACCUAGUAUAAUUGAUGUUACAUCAUGAAAAUUUGUGUAUUAGUACGCGAUGCCAACCCGCCGAAACGAGAAGGUCUUCCCCUUCUAAGAACCGGCCGAUGGCCUUGGUUGUGGGAACUCCGUCCAGUAUACCUGGUAGUUUAUAUGGCUCUAAUGGCUGCUAGCUAUGUAAGCUAUAGGUCUAACCCCGUUUUCCCAUCAUGGGUAAUAAUGUUGUAUUGCUAAAAAAAAAACUGCUGCGGGACGUAAAAUGCUUCCGGGUGCCGGCGAGAACGCAAUAGUAAAAAUAAAUAAUAAUGGGACUGGCUGGCUUCUCCGGGGUCUAGGUUGAGUUGAGAAGAAAUGAUGGAAUAAAAAAAGAAAAUUCUAAACUAAACAAAACUCUGGUGAUUCAAGAUCCCGAAUGUGUUGUGUAUUCUCCCACUUUCACAACCAUCACGAACGUCAAGAUGGGUUCGAAUCUUGACUCGGGUGCUGCCAUUGACACCAUUGCUCCUACCGACAACUCAAAGGAGAAUGGGGACGGCAAAGUCUCAAUUCUAAAGAGAGUAAGAACCAAAUUGACAAAUGGCUCACGGGGUCUCUUUCGAUACUUUCGGCUCCUUACCUCCGCCGAACCAACGAAAGUAGACAUUAUACUACUAAUAGUCGGCACCAUCUCCUCCAUCGCCGCCGGUAUACCGUUCCCGCUACUUGGAAUUCUCUUCGGACAGUUGCUAGAUGACCUCAACUCAGCAACAUGUGCCGCCGAAGAUGCCGUCUCGCCCGCCGAGUACCAGGCUUCUGUCAACGAGAAGGUUUUGUUGGUCAUGGCUUGCGCUCUUGCACAGUUUGCUCUCAUUUACAUCUACAUUGUAUGCUUUAACUUGUUCGGCGAACGGCUUGCCCACAGAUUGCGGGAACGGUACUUUCGCUCCCUCCUCCGCCAGGAGGUGUCGUUCUUCGAUAAGAUGCCUGCUGGAGAAGUCUCUUCACGGCUGAGCGCCGACAUCAAUAUCAUAAAAAGCGGAACAUCCGAGAAAGUAGGCGUCUAUCUAGGCUCCUACUCUAUGUUCAUCACCUCCUACAUCGUCGCCUUUGUCAAGGACGCUAAGCUCGCCGGCAUCUUGGUCUCCCUCGUCCCUGCGUUUAUGAUGAUGUCCCUUAUUGGUGGCCAUUUUAUUGGAAAAUACUCCACCUUGGCGUCUGGACAUAUCGCAUCCGCAUCAUCCAUUGCCCUCGAGAGCUUGUCCAAUGUGAUGGUCGUACACGCGUUCCGUGCCAACGACCGCCUUGAGGACAGAUUCUCUAAGAAACUCCUCGCUGCCAAGAAUGACGGGGUGAAGAAAGCCGUAGCGACAGCUUUACAAUCCGGACUACUCUACUUCAUAGCCUUCUCAGCUAGUGGAUUAGCGUACUGGCAGGGAAGUCGGACUAUUGCUGAUGUUGUCGGCGGCCGUGCUGAAGGAGUGACGAUUGGUACAACGUACACAAUCAUCUUCCUUCUUGUCGAUGCUUCCAUUGUGAUCAGCCAAAUUUCACCAUAUUUGCAAAUUUUCGGCUCUGCAACGGCAGCGUUAGAGAAAUUGCAGGCAGAUAUGGAUCGCCGCUCUAAAAUCGACGGCACGGUUGAUCCCGAGGGCAAUGAUUUCGAAUCAUUCACAGGUGAUGUUAGACUCGAGAACGUGGACUUCACCUACCCGUCUCGACCUGACGUGCCUGUGAUCCAAGAUAUCUCACUGCAUCUUCCAGCGGGACAACAGACCGCAAUCGUUGGUCUGUCCGGUAGCGGUAAGUCUACGAUUGCUGGGUUACUCACUCGCCUAUAUGAUCCUGAUCAAGGUUCUCUUUACAUCGACAACCGCAAUAUUCGCGACGUGAACGUGCGCCAACUACGGAGCUUCAUUGGCCUCGUUCAACAAGACCCUCUGCUUUUGGAUCGAUCCGUCUUGGAGAAUAUAGCUCUUGGGUUGAUUAACUCUCCACGACCUGAACACGUACAUUUACAACCUGUCCUCCUUAGCACACAACUCUCUGAGCUGGCAGCAGCAAUAAGAUCCGGGCAAGAUAUCACGACGGUGGCAGAGUCUUAUGGCGCCGCGGCACUGGAAAUUGUGAGACUGGUUCAACACGCAGCGAACCUUGCCGACGCCGAGGUGUUCCUAAAAAACUUGGAGUAUGGGCUUGGCACUGUUGUUGGUCCUAAUGGUGACUUGCUAAGCGGCGGGCAAAAACAACGAGUAGCGCUUGCAAGAGCGUUAGUGAAAGACCCCAAGAUUCUCGUCUUAGACGAGGCAACUUCAUCCCUGGAUUCUGCUAGCGAACAGCGCAUUCAAAGCGCUAUUGAGAAAGCGUCCCAAGGCAGAACAGUCAUAUCGAUCGCACAUCGUCUAGCAACAGUGAAGAAUGCUGACAAAAUUGUCGUCAUGCGGGGCGGGAAAAUCAUGGAGCAAGGCAGCCACGUUGAUCUCAUCGCAAAGGACGGAGAUUAUGCCGCCCUUGUCCGACUACAAAGUGUAGGCUCCGAAUCGUCAAGUGUCAGUACUGCAAAAGGAAGCACAAUGAAGGAGCUGGAAAUCGACAUGGAGAAAGUAUCUCGAACACUUACAGUUGCUGAUGAGAAGGCUUGCGAAGAAACUGAUUUAUCGGCUGAUAAGGAAGUAGAAAGCGACAAAGAAUCGACAGAACGCUCAAGGCCAACCUGGGCUACGAUCAAGAGCAUGGGCACGGUAACUCGACCUCAUCUACUCUGGCUGUUUGUUGCCUUAUUCGCAUCCCUCGUCGUAGGUGGAACUUACUCCGGUUCGGCUGUAAUUUUUGGACACACCAUCGGUGCUUUGAGCCCGUGCAAUACUGAGGAUGCUAUUCGAGCGGCUGGAAGUUUCUUUGGUCUGAUGUUCUUCGUACUCGCCAUAGCAGAGUUUUUCGCCAACGGGAUCAGCUGGUCAGCAUUUGGCUGGAUUGCGCAAAAGGUCCUAUACACGAUCAGAGUUCUUUCUUUCCGCUCGCUAUUUGAACAAGACUUGCAAUGGCACCAAUCUGAGGGCCGAACGCCGUCAAUGUUGCUGUCCUACAUCACAAGCGACUCGGCCGCUGUAGAAGGUCUGACAGGAUCAAUAAUAGGGACUAUCUUCUCUAUCGCCGUCAAUUUUGUCGUGGCAGUUGUUCUUACACUCGUUAUCGCCUGGAAGAUCGCUAUCGUCUGUCUCGCAACAGUACCACUCAUGCUAGGCUCGGGAAUAAUGCAGAUGCGCAUCCUUUCGCGUUUUGCAGAGCGUCACGAGAAAGCCUUUUCGAGAUCCGUGGGUAUCACCGUCGAGGCUGUAACUUCGAUCAAGACGGUUGCCGCGCUGUCAUUAGAACACGAAGUGCUCCAAACGUAUCGCCGAUCGCUCUCAGCCCCGCGCAAUGAGAUGACGCGCUCGAGCUUAUAUGCAAACCUCUUCCUGGCGAUUGCCUAUAGUAUAUCGAACUUGAUCUAUGCAUUCAUUUACUGGUGGGGUGCAAAACAGAUAAUUGACAGCCAUUAUACGCAAGUUCAAUUCUUCAUUGUCUUGGUUGCACUCCUAGUGAGUGCUCAGCUCUGGGGUCAGCUCUUUACGCUCGCCCCUGAAGUGACGAGGGCAGGUAGAUCAGUGGGGAAGAUUUUCGACCUCAUUGAUUUAGGCUCAUCUAAGACCUUAUCAACGAAGCGGCUAGAUUCAAAUGACCCCGAGGCAGCCAUUGAGUCUAAGACGGCUCCAACACCAAACCUUGGGGGGCUCGCAGUAAGCUUCAAGGAUGUCAAAUUCUCCUACCCAGCGCGACCAAACCGGCAAGUAUUGAAAGGUCUAGACAUCGAAAUUCGUCCUGGGCAAUUCUGUGCACUAGUCGGACCUAGCGGUGCCGGAAAAUCAACCGUUAUCUCACUACUAGAGCGCAUGUACAGCGUCGGAUCAGGGUCGAUCGAAGUUGAUAGUGUCAAUAUCUCCGCUAAGAAGGAGCCCAUUUUCCGGGAUGACAUAGGACUUGUGCCUCAAGAUAGUAUUCUCUUCGACGGUAGCAUUCGGUUCAACGUCGCCCUAGGAGGUCGUCCAGGUAUUGAACCAUCGGAUGCCGAUAUUGAGGAGGCGUGUAAAUUGGCCAACAUCCACGAAACCAUAGUAAGCCUCCCCAAUGGUUAUGACACGGAGUGCGGGCCUAGCGGGGGGCAGCUGUCAGGUGGACAAAAGCAGCGCCUCUCGAUUGCACGUGCAUUGGUGCGUAAACCACGACUUCUCCUGUUAGAUGAAUCAACUAGUGCUCUGGAUGCAGAAUCUGAGAGACUACUGCAAGAUGGACUGGAUAAGGCAACGAGGGGUAUAACGGUGGUAGCUAUAGCACAUCGGCUACACACUAUCCGUCGGGCGGACGCAAUUUUCAUGAUUGAGGAUGGUCGUUGCGUGGAAAAAGGUACACACGAAGAGUUAUUGGUUCGCAGCGAAAGCUAUCGCGUUAAUGUUCUGCACCAGACUUUGGACGGUUGAUGAUUGGGGCGAUGAAUGAGGAUCAGUGCCGAAUUCUUACAUAGAAAUGCACAUUUGUAUCAUUGUAACGAUUUGUUUACUUAGUACAUAGAAUAACAUUAGAUUCUGUACAUACCUAACCUGCCUACGGUAUAUAUAUAUGCCUAGGUAUUGAUGUAUAUGCAUGUUAAUGGAAGAGCUUAAUAUAUAUCUCAAGUUAAUUCCGAGUAUACCACACGAGUGAGAUGAGUUCAAGUCAUGAGAGGAUCGUCAGGUACGUGAGAGAAUAAUUUCUAAGGUUCGAGUUAGAUUA